CAAAACUUUCAAAUCGAAAACUCUUCGCCACAAAUGACCUGGAAUCGAUCGGUUUUUACCAAAUCAAAUACCAAAUUAAACCAGUGGACAUUCCCGGUUAGACAUAACCGGUUCAUUGAAUUAAAAACCCAAAUCUUCUCAUCGUCGUCUUCGACGUCUCCUCUCUCCCGCCGCUGCUGUACAUUUCCAGCCGGAGACGGCUCGAAUCUUAAAUCCACUCGUCGAGGUUUUCCAGUUGACUUCAGAUUGUUGUUAACUUGGGUGAAGAAGAAAAGCCAAUCAAAUUUCGAAACGGAGCUUCCAAUUUCUACGGUGAUAUGCAGAUCGCAUGCCUCCCAAUUCCCAUUUUUUCAAUCACUCCACGAGCCUCAGUUCCAUCUUCAACUGUAUCCUCAAAUCCUCGCCGCGUUUUCAACCCCGCUUCGUUUCAGAACCCAAGACCCAGUUUCUUCACCCUCUCUCUCAAAAGAUCACAUAGAUCACGAACUGGUUUCAAAGCUCCUCCUGUCUUGGCUGCCAUGAGAAGCGAAGAAGCUAUUGAUGAUGCGUUUUAUAUGAGGAGAUGCGUGGAACUGGCGAAGAGAGCAACUGGGUGCACUAGUCCUAAUCCUUUGGUAGGCUGUGUCAUUGUUAAAGACAGCAAGAUUGUUGGGGAAGGGUUUCAUCCCAAAGCUGGUCAGCCUCAUGCCGAGGUGUUUGCUCUUCGAGAUGCUGGAGACUUAGCUGAGAAUGCCACUGCUUACGUUAGCUUAGAACCCUGUAAUCACCACGGGAGAACGCCGCCUUGCACAGAAGCAUUGAUCAAGGCCAAGGUGAAAAGAGUUGUAGUUGGGAUGGUUGAUCCGAAUCCAAUCGUUUCUUCUUCGGGUAUCACUCGUUUGACAGAUGCUGGGAUUGAUGUCACUGUUGGUGUUGAAGAAGACCUAUGCAAGAAGAUGAAUGAAGGAUUCAUCUAUCGAAUGUUAACAGGAAAGCCGUUUCUCGCUCUCAGGUAUUCUAUGUCUGUCAAUGGUUGUUUUCUGGACAAGAUCGGUGAAGGAGCUUCGGAUACUGGUGGAUACUACUCAAAGCUAUUGCAAGAAUACGACGCAGUAAUACUUUCUUCCUCGUUAUCUGAUAAACUCUCGAGCAUUUACUCACAAGAAGAGACUAAUGUUUCAAUCCAGCCUAUUCAAAUCAUAGUAGCUAGUAGUAAUGCACAACAGUCUCCUAUCCUUGCUUCUUCCAACAUGGUGGAAGAUUCGGGUCUAAAAGUUGUAGUCUUCACCAAAGAGGACAUGGUUGCAGAGUCCGGGGUCGAAACAGUUGUAUUAGAAAAUAUAAACUUGGCUUCCAUCUUGGAUUACUGUUAUCGCCGUGGACUUUGCAGUGUCUUGUUGGAUUUGAGGGGAGACAUCAAAGACCUUGAAGUGCUUCUUAGAGAUGGAUUUGAGCAGAAGCUGUUGCAGAAGAUAGUGGUUGAGGUUUUGCCUGAAUGGUGCGUGAAAGAUGACGAGAGACAGGUAGCGUUGUCGAUGGACUGGUUAGAGUCAAAAGCUGUGGAAGAUCUGCAGCCUAAGCAACUAGGUGGAAACGUUUUGCUACAGGGUUAUCUUUGAUGUUUUGAUGUAUGAAUGUGUAAGUUCUUAAACUUCUUCUUUUUUUAAACCUUUGUGUUAUUAACUUGAUUAAUAAAAUAUUUUAAAAAUAUUAAUGUCA